UUUACCGAUUGCAGCCGAAGUUUGCCGAAAUCCAAGUCGCCGGCGGAGGCUCCCACAAGCCUUCCCUCAAUGCAGUUCUCCACAAGCUCUUUGUCCACGAACGGCUGGAUGACGACACGCGUUUGUGUCAGAUGUUUCCUUUGACAAUUCGUCACAUCGGAAGACCGAACUUGAAUGGAAAUUAUUAACGUUUGAAAAUACACCGAGAAAAUAAGAGGAGGAGCGACUGACUGCCUGUCGCCCGACAAGCUUCAUCACCAUUCCAGUCGCUGCCAGUUAGCUGAAACACAACUAGCGUGCCCUUGUAUGGGUCAGGGUGUUUAUUUGUUUAUUUUGUUACCCGAGAGUAAUGUUGUUUGAUUUUCGAUUAAUCGUGCACAAAACAGACUGGCGUUAAGGUGCGUUGACAGCCGUGGAAGAACUCUGAGCAGGCUGUGCUCGCACUCCGCAAUGUUCGGGACGUUUGGAAGAGAACGCAGCAAAUAAAUAACACCAUCCCAAAAAAAAAAAAAAAAAAAAAGGGUCUUUGCUCCGUCUCUCCAUCAAGCACCUCCGCAGUCAAUCAUGACAUCGCCAGACUCCCCCCCUCUUGUCUCUCCUUCCCCAUGUCCCCCUCCUCCUCCAUCCCUCCCCACAUCCCCCGUGCCAUCCUCCCCUGCCCCGUCCUCCUCCUCCCUCCCGCUCCCACCCUCGUUGCCCCCCACGGGGGAGGUGAUGGUCCUGGCUCUGGGUCGGAAGAAGCAAAGGGUCCUGAUUGUUUUAUCAAUCCUUCCCAAUCUCUUCUUGGCCUUCCUGCUCUCCUCCGACCCCCUCAUCACCCUCUCCUCGCCACACCACUGCCACCUCCCGGGGCCGUCGCCUUCGCCCGAGAUGCUGAACAUCUCCUUGCCCUGGGAGAAAGGCUUGCGGCCCGGUGAGAGCGGAGAGCUUUCCCAGUGUAAGCAGUACGCCAACGGGACCCAGUCGGUCGUGGUGGACUGCCAGGCGGGCUGGGACUACAAAGUCACGGAAGGGCUGAAGAACAACAUCGUAACUGAGUGGGAUCUGGUGUGCGAUCGCUAUUGGCUGGUUCCAGUGGAGGAGGUGUGCUUCAUUUUGGGGGCUCUGACCGGUUGCCUCGGCCUCGGUUUCGCCGCCGACAGAAUGGGCCGCUCCAAGACCUUGUUGGCGUCGCUCACUCUCUCGGUGGUGUUUGGCGUUUUGGUGUGCGUCUCCCCGUACCCUUCCAUUUUCAUCGUCAUGCGUUUCUGUCUGGCGGCUGCCAACGCCGGGGUCUACCUCAUCCUUUACAUCUCGCGGCUGGAGUUGUGUGAGCCUUCGCUCAGGUUGAUAUCUACCGUACUGGCGGGACUGAUGACUGUUUCCGGGGAGCUGCUCCUGCUGGCGGUGGCGCUCGGUUGUCAGUCCUGGAGAGGUCUGCUGGGAACCGGUGCCGCCCCGCUAGCGCUCUUCCUCUGCUACGGCAUUCCUGGAGUUUUCCCAGAGUCUCCUCGCUGGCUCCUGCUGUGCGAGCGACACAGCGACAUGAAUUCCUUCGGCGAGAGGAGAAACUCCAGCAGAGAUCUGAGGGAUGACGAGAGCUUCACAGAGCUGGAUUCGGAGCCGACGCCCUCCUCGCGUCCCCACCUUUCCUUCCCUGAGCUCGUCCACAGUAGGAACAUCUGGAAGAACAUUUGCGUGCUCGGCUUCACCUCAUUCAUCUCUCACGGCAUCAGCCACUGCUACAGCUCUUUCCGAGGCGACGUCCGAGGCACGGCCCCCGGCUUUUAUUGGACGUACCUCCUCUCGGUGUGCGCGGGCGGCGCCGCCUGGGUGUUGCUGUGGGUGACUGUGGACAGAUGCGGUCGGCGUGGCAUCCUUUUGCUCUUCAUGACGAUGACGGGCUUGGCCUCCUUAAUCCUACUGGGACUUAUGAAGUAUCUCAGUGAGAACGCCAUCACCGUCUUCUCCGUGAUGGGCCUCUUCUCAUCGCAGGCCACCGCUUCCCUGUGCAUUCUCCUCACUGCAGAGAUCAUGCCCACUGUCAUCAGAGGGACAGGCGUGGGCGUUGUGCUGGCCCUGGGCUGCGUGGGCCGCCUCAGCUCGCCACUCAUGGACCUGAGGAACCACUACGGCUACUUCUUGCACCACGUGGUCUAUUCCUCUCUCGCCUUGCUGGCCGUGUUGUCCAUCCUGCUUCUGCCCGAGAGCAAGAGGAAGCCGCUGCCUCAGACUCUGGCCGACGGGGAACAAUACAGGCGUCCCCCGCUGGGCAGGAGGAGGCGGGACAACGUGCCCCUGCUGGCCACGCCCAACCCGGAGACUUAAAAGAAGGAAUCGGAGGUGGCGUGUGCAAUUCCACUGGAACACGACAUUCAUUUAUGUUCAUGGAGGAAGGAGAGUUGAGAGAUAAAAAGGGCUGUCAAGAUUUUUAACUUAUGGCGACGAUCCGCACAUUGAAAUCUUCCUAACACUAUCAUCUUUGUGGCUCAGCUCAGCCCCCCCCUCCCCUCGGGCAUGUGUCACGUUUUAUUGUUGUAGUCCAAAACUUGUUCUUCAUUUAAUGUUAGUGAACUGAAACCUCCACCAUCUGACGUAGGGGCACAGUUCUCAGACGUAUCCUGUUACACCUUUAAACUGUUGUUUGCUGUAAAUACUUUUCCUGAUUAUUAUUAUUAUUUUUUUAAUUUAAGUCUGUUGGAAAGAUGUGCAUUUCUACGCAGAGGAGACUGCGCGGCGUCGAGCACCGUCAAAGCUUAAUGAGACUUGCCCAACUAAACACUAAUCAGUAUUAGGGAUCCAAUUCAAAGUGUAACUCUGGCCCGGAGCUGGAGGAUCAUCAUUUUAUUUAUUACCCUCAAAAUAAUCUGAGCAAUACAUUUUUCUAUCGAUACGUUUUUCUGAAUCCCCCCGGGGAUCAAUAAAGUAUCUAUCGAAAUGAUAGUUCGGGCAUGAAGGCAAAAGAUGUCGCAACAUUCCGAGCUGCAUGCGUGGAAGCACUUUGAAGGCCUUUUUUUUGUUCCUCGGAAGCUUACAGUACCUCUUUAGAUGCAAACUCAGUGGAGUAGGAGUUCACACGGUUACUAAUUUAAACCGAAUGCUGAAUGUCUUGUCGAUGCUGUAGAAAGGACCCAAUGAUGAAGCUUCGCAGGAGCUAAUGAAGGGUCCUCCGUGUUUCUCCACCUCUGACUGUUUUCUCGCUCAUGUUGGAUGUCGUGAUUGCAGUCAGAAAAAUUUGCUGGUGGGCUCACUCAAUUGCACUGGUGAUGCCUAGUUAAAAGGGAUUUUUUUUUCCUGACUGUUUCUUCACGUUUAAGUACCUCCUCGGAAUAAUUGACUCUCAUAAUAGUGUGUCUGAAAAUUGUUCAAUGAUGAACCCAGUUAACUCUGUAACCUGAUUUACCGUUCAAUAAAACUGGUUCCAUCAAA